AUGCUAGCUAAAUCGCCAGUACCCUUAAAUGUUGGUGCUUUUCCGCCAACAAUGCAGCAGCAAUCACAAGCAACGUCGCAAACCUUUUCAAAUCAAUAUAGGUCACCUAUUUUACCGCCUAAUUUCCAAGAAACCCAGCAAUAUCAAUCUCAGCCACAGAAUCCAAAUCAACCUCCAGUUUUGCCACCGAAUUCAUCUGGUAGUCAACCGUAUUCGUCACACAAUUCAUUAAUGCAUCCACUAUCGCAUCCCCCAUCAUCAAUAAAUCAAGAACAGUUUCUUUCUCAAUCACCUCAAAUGAUACCAAAUGGAACUAAUCAACCAGGGGCGCAACAUCCAUAUAUUAAUUCUGGUUUACAACUAUCAUCUACAUCGAUGCAACCAGAAUAUGAUACAUCUAACCAAUCACGUCCUCCAACAACAAUAGCUAAUCCUCAGUUUCAAAAUGCUCCACCUCAUCCUCUUAACACUACAUCAUCAAAUAUGAAUGAUACACCCUCAUUUAAACCAGGUCAAUAUCAUAAUGUUCAACCAGUAUAUAAUGGAUCGUCUUCUUCGUAUCCACCAAAUAAUCAAGCACCAGUUCCACCAGUAGGCCAUACGUCUCAAUUUAAUUAUCCUCAUAUAUCUGGUCCAUCAUCUAUGCCCAGUAAUCUAGUAGCUGGAGCUAAUACAUAUCCUGGUCAGCCUCCACUAGGUGGACCUAAUGCAUAUCCUGGUCAACCUCCAUCUAGUGGAUCAAACGCAUAUCCUGGGCAACCUCCAUCAAGUGGACCAAACGUAUAUCCUGGUCAGCCUUCAUUGAGUGGACCUAAUAAAUAUCCUGGUCAACCGCCAUCGAGUGGACCUAAUGCAUAUCCUGGCCAACCUCCAUCAAGUGGACCAAACGCAUAUCCUGGUCAACCUUCAUUGAGUGGACCUAAUACGUAUCCUGGUCAGCCUUCAUUAGGUGGACCAGCACAACAACCAAUGACGCAAACACGUAUCGAUCCAAAUAUUGUGCCAAAUGUUAUUCAAGUAUUGGAACAAAGUCAAGAAAAAAUCCAAGAACCAUUUAUAACAAAUGCUCCAGGUUUAUUACCACCGUUGGCUGCAACGAAUUUUACUUGUCAAGAUCAAGGUAGUUGCAAUCCACGCUUCAUGCGUUCAACUACAUAUUCAAUACCAAAUACAGCCGAUAUAGUUAAACAAUCUCAUAUACCUCUUGCUCUGUCUAUUUCUCCAUUAGCCCAAGUUCAAUCAGACGAGCUUGAACCACCACUUGCUAGUUUCGGUGAAACAGGUCCAGUAAGAUGUCACCGUUGUAAAGCGUACAUGUGCUCAUUUAUGCAGUUUAUCGAUGGUGGAAAACGUUUUAUUUGUUGCUAUUGUGAAGCAGCAACAGAUGUACCAAAUGAAUAUUUCAAUCAUCUUGAUCACAGUGGUCGUCGUAUGGAUUGGUAUCAACGACCUGAAUUAUGUAUUGGUUCAUAUGAAAUUUUAGCAACAAAACAAUAUUGUAAAGAUGAAAAAUGGCCUGAACCACCGGCAUUUAUAUUUAUGAUUGAUGUAUCAUACAAUAGUGUUCGAAGUGGUCUUGUUGAAUAUAUUUGUCAUAUACUAAAAAAUGAUCUCCUUGAUUAUUUACCAAAAGAUGGAAACGCUGAAACAUCCACAGUACGAGUUGGUUUUGCAACAUUUGAUAAACAAAUACAUUUUUACAAUAUUAAAAGUACACUUGGACAACCACAAAUGAUGAUUGUCUCCGAUAUAGAAGAUAUAUUUGUACCAUUGCUCGAUGGUUUUCUUUGUUUACCACAAACUUCACGAGGAGUAAUAAAUAGUUUACUUGAUCAAAUUCCGCAAACAUUUGCAAAUACACAAGAAACAGAAACUAUUUUAGCGCCAGUUAUUCAAUCUGGCAUUCAAGCAUUAAAAGGAGCCAAUUGUUCUGGUAAAAUUUAUAUAUUUUCAACAACAUUACCAAUUGCUGUUGCUCCUGGAAAAUUAUCGAAUCGUGAAGAUAAAAAACUUCUUGGUACUGAAAAAGAAAAGACUUUACUUUCACCAGCCAAUGAUGUUUAUACAAAACUUGGUGAAGAAUGUGCUCAAAGUGGUUGUGCUGUUGAUUUAUUUGUUUUUCCAAAUAACUAUGUUGAUCUUGCUACAAUUGGUGAAGUUUGUCGUUUGUCUGGUGGAGAAAUUUAUAAAUUUAAUUAUUUUUCAAUUGAUAAUGAUGGAGAACGUUUAUUAGACGAACUUAAACGUAAUUUUCAACGAACUACUGUUUUUGAUGCAUUAAUGCGUAUAAGAACAAAUACAGGAAUUCGACCAGUUGAUUUUCUUGGUCAUUUUUAUAUGACAAAUUCAACUGAAAUGAUAUUUGGUACGAUGGAUGCUGAUAAAACAGUAGCUGUGGAAUUAAAACAUGAUGAUAAAUUACCUACUGAAGGUAACUCUUAUAUUCAAGUUGCUUUACUUUAUACUAGUAUAUCUGGUCAACGUCGUCUAAGAAUAUUAACAUUAGCCUUAACGGUAACAUCAUCAUAUGCAUCUCUUUAUCCAUUGUGUGAUCUUGAUACAAUUAUGAAUUAUACAAUGAAAGUUGCUAUUCGUUCAAUUUUACUAUCAACUCCAAAAAGUAUACGAGACAGUAUCAUAACACAAGCUGCUAAUAUGUUAGCUUGUUAUCGAAAGCAUUGUGCACAAUCAACAGCAGCUGGACAAUUAAUUUUACCUGAAACAUUAAAACUAUUACCUAUGUAUGCGGCAGCAUUACUUAAAUCUGAUCUUUUAACUGGCACUCAAACAGUAACAACAGAUGAUCGAAGUUGGUUGAUGCAUCGAUUGAUGUCUAUGAAUAUCAAAGGAUCGUCUGCAUACUUAUAUCCAAGAAUUUAUCCAUUGCAUACUUUGGAAGAAAAUCAAAUUCCACCACCAAUGGUUCGAUGUUUAUAUGAACGAUUUUCUGAUUCCGGAGCUUAUGUUAUUGAGAAUGGUCUUGUAAUGUAUAUCUGGCUUGGUAGUCAAAUUGAUCCUACAUUUGUGCAAAAUUUAUUUGGAUUUCAAACAGCAGCAAAUAUUCAACCAGAACGAUGUCGUAUUAUUGAACUUGAUAAUUCAUUAUCGAAGAAUGUUCGAACCUUAUUAAAUUUAACGCGUGAUGAACGAAAUUCUUAUAUGAAACUAUUCAUCAUUCGACAACGCGACGCUAUGGAACCAUUUUUCAAAAAUUAUCUUGUUGAAGAUAAAGGCUUUACAGGUGGCGCAUCUUAUGUCGAUUUUCUAUAUCACCUACAUCGUGAAAUUCGCAAUAUUCUACAAUAA